AUGCUUCCAAUAGAAAAAGAAACUUCUAGAGUUGCUACAACUAAACCAUUAGAUGAACUUUUUACGAAUGUCGGUCAAAAGUUUGAGACAGAGACCGUAAAGCAUGAAGGCUAUCGUUUUGACUACCCGUUAAGAUGGUUAAGAGACCCAUCCGUCACAAAAGCUAUUGGCUUUCGUAGAAUGAAGUUCAUUUCAGAAGCCAUACAUGGUUUCCCAUUUACAGUCGGUUUUGAAGUUCGAUACUAUAACAAAGAAAAACGUACGUAUGAGAAAUUUGAACAGGGAAAACUUUUACAAGUUAGUUUGCUUGUAAACUUAGAAACAACUCUUCAAGCUUUUCAAGAAAAAAUAAACGAUAUCUAUCUCGAAUAUGCAAACCAGUAUAACAUUGACGAAGGAGAGUACCAUCUCGAUAUUAUAUAUGACAGGAAAAAUGCAACUGUUAAAAUCAAUAGAAUAGAAGACCUUGGAGAAAACGUUUAUAUUUCUACAAAAUAUAACAACUUGGCAUGGUAUAGAUUUUUGAGGAUGUUAAAUCAGCCUGCAGAAUAUCCAGUACACCCGGACUAU